GAUGCAGAAACCGAUGGUUACAACUUACAGCCGCUUCAAACAAUGGCUGGCAUAGAGUUUUGUGGCCGAUGUCCCAUCUGUCGUCGAGUAGCUUACACCCGAGACCUUUUUCAAGAGGCUUGCAAGAAACGCCAUCGCCCUGUCAAGACUACCUAUGGACAAAGACGGGUUUUUAAACGCUGGUCACAAUUUUAUCAUACUAAAUCAUCAUCAUGAUCCAGGCCGAAUAUUCGCAGAAUUUGGAAGACAACUGAGAGAAGAAAAGAUCAAACACAACAUAAACUCGGCAUCAGUACUCCUACUCCAUAGAUACUCCCACAAUUUAGCCGUACUUCACACAAUACAUCUUGGAUUAUGACUCCACUUUUAUUGACCUUAUGCUAUCCUUAUGACUUCUUCAUUUUUUGUUUUUUAUAAUUUAUUUGUUCUAGUGUACAAAGUUAUGGGGGCGCAAUCAGAAUACUGAACAUAUUGUAGAGGCUUGCUAG